CACCAAAAUUACAUUACUUACAAGUUUAAAGUUUCGCGUGGUUCACUCCUCACAAUGAAAAUGCUUAAAACAAUAAAUGUUUUCACCUGCUAAUGGCGCAGCUAGUCCUGACCGAAUUAAUCGUGGGUUGUAUUCUACUACCACCCGGUGGUAAACUUCCACAAACAUUUUCAACGUAGUACAGCACUACCAAUGGAAGAUGGCGACCAGAGUCCUUCAGAGAUUUGGAAGUGGCCUGGAUCGGGCAAAAAACAGGGCCCGGUCGGCGGGACAGAUAGUCAUUUCAAGCAGGGGUUUGGCAGCAUCAAGUAACAGAAACCGAGAAGACAGCUGGUUUAAAUCACUGUUUGUGAGGAAAGUAGAUCCCCGAAAAGAUGCACACGCUCAUUUGCUAACCAAGAAUGAGGAGAGCAACCUUUACAAAAUUCAGUUCCACAAUGUCAAACCAGAGUGCCUGGAUGCAUACAACCAACUUUGUGAGGAUGUCUUUCCAUCCAUCCAUGCUGAUAAGUACUACCCCUGUGAACUGGUGGGCACCUGGAACACCUGGUAUGGAGAGCAAGACCAGGCUGUCCAUAUGUGGCGGUAUAGAGGAGGCUACCCAGCUCUUACUGAUUCAAUGAAUAAACUCAAGCAGAACAAGGAAUUUAUGGAGUACAGAAAGGAGAGAGGGAAGAUGCUUCUGUCUCGUAGGAACCAGCUCCUGUUGGAGUUCAGCUUCUGGAACGAGCCUGCCCCUAGACAAGGACCCAACAUCUAUGAGUUGAGGUCCUACCAGCUCAGACCUGGAACUAUGAUUGAGUGGGGUAAUUACUGGGCCAGAGCCAUUGGCUACCGGCAGCACAACCGUGAGGCAGUAGGAGGGUUCUUCUCCCAAAUCGGCAACCUGUACAUGGUGCACCAUCUCUGGGCCUACAAAGACCUCCAGUCCAGAGAAGACACAAGAAAUGCAGCUUGGCAACACGAGGGCUGGGAUGAGGUUGUGUAUUAUACAGUUCCUCUCAUUCAGCACAUGGAUUCAAGGAUUAUGAUCCCAAUGAAGGCUUCACCGUUGCAGUAAAGGAAAAGAAAUCAGACAUUGAACCUCAAACCUUUUUAGCGUAACAAAUGUCUAUAAAUAUUUCACUGCCAUGGUUUCAUCCUCCUGUCAAUGUUGCCAACGAACCCACUGUUUUGGAUUUAUUUCACAUAACCAUAUUAUGACUUUGCACCAGCAAACUAUAGUUAGUACUUAAAAAAUGCAUUUCAAAGACAAAGUUCAAGGCAAAGUUAACAGCGUUUUUCUUUCUGUGGCUGAAACACUCUUUCCUAAAUGAGAUGAAGGGCAGUGGCGUGCACACAAACGUCUAUUUGUUCUUUGGUAGGAUGGGCAACAUCAGCGUAUGUAAACCUCCUGAUCUGUUUUAGGUGGAUACCCUCUGUACCACAUGCUGUGUCACAUUAAGACUGAUCAGUAGACCACGGCUCUUCUCUAUUCUUAGAAAUGAACCAAAGUGCUACUGUGAAGGAGAGCUGCGGCAGCUGUAUUUUUUGCAGCAAAUAAGAAUAUAGCUAAUUCAAUGGGCAGGUAUGGCAAGACUUAACAAAAAGUGUUAUGCUCAAUAAGCGAUAUAGUUAUUUAUUUAAUGUAAAUAUUGAAUACCUCUAUUACAUGCUCUAUCACUAAUUGCAAAUGGCACUUUUUGCAAAGUCUAGGGUAAGCAAUGCUGUCACUGAAAGGAACAAUUGGUUGGCGACAGGCCAAAAGGACAAUGUGUCAUAAACCGUCCUUUGUAAAUGGGAGAAUCUCUUGAAUGGUCAUUGACAUCAUCAGCACACAAGGUAUGCAAAAGAUUAUGAAUACCAAGUUGUAUAAUGAACCCCAGGCCCUUAGUUGUCACAGAAGUACAUGGAAAUCCAAAUGUCUGCUUUUCCCCAAAAUAUACUUUUGUGGGCAUUCCCUCAUGUCUCUCCUUUUCACUAUACGCAAUAAGCUUGAUGUGUGUUUAUCGUACUGUGCUGGUAAACAUGGCUUUUGUUUUAUCGAUGAGAAAAUGAUUGCAUGCCCAUUUUUUCUUUAACAAGUUUUAUCAGUUUGAUGUUCAGUUGGGCAUAACAUCUCAUGUAUUGUGUAAACCACUACUCUGAUGCUGUAAUUGUGCAGUCAUGCUACUGCUAAUUGUGAUUUCUAAGAGGGUUUUAGUGUUAUAGUAGCAUGUCCAGUUUCCCCCCGAUGUAAGGGUAAAUUGACAGGUGGCAAGAAUGUCAUACAUGAAUAAAAAUAUUUAAAGAACA